GUCUUGAUGAUUGCCUGCAGCAAUAUAUAAAGAACUUUGAGAGAGAGAAGAUUAGUGGUGACCAGCUACUACGAAUUACUCAUCAAGAACUGGAAGAUCUUGGAGUCACACGAAUUGGCCAUCAGGAGCUUAUCUUGGAAGCAGUAGACUUGCUCUGCGCACUGAACUAUGGUUUGGAAACAGAAAACCUAAAAACCCUUUCUCACAAGCUGAACGCAUCUGCCAAAAACCUACAAAACUUCAUCACUGGGAGGAGGAGGAGUGGUCACUAUGAUGGAAGGACAAGCCGCAAAUUACCAAAUGAUUUUCUGACAUCUGUAGUGGAUCUGAUUGGAGCAGCUAAAAGUCUGCUGGCUUGGUUGGACAGAUCACCUUUUGCUGCUGUCACAGAUUACUCAGUAACAAGAAAUAAUGUCAUACAGCUCUGUCUGGAACUAACAACAAUAGUACAACAGGAUUGCACAGUAUAUGAAACAGAGAAUAAAAUUCUUCAUGUGUGUAAAACUCUCUCUGGUGUCUGUGACCACAUUAUCUCACUCUCUUCUGAUCCACUGGUUUCCCAGUCUGCCCACCUUGAAGUGAUCCAGCUUACAAACAUCAAGCCAAGUGAAGGGCUGGGUAUGUACAUUAAAUCAACAUAUGAUGGUCUCCAUGUAAUUACUGGAACAACAGAAAAUUCACCUGCAGAUCGGUGCAAGAAAAUCCAUGCUGGGGAUGAAGUGAUUCAAGUUAACCACCAAACUGUGGUGGGGUGGCAGUUGAAAAAUUUGGUGAAUGCACUACGAGAGGAUCCGAGUGGUGUUAUCUUAACUUUGAAAAAGCGACCUCAGAGCAUGCUUACCUCAGCACCAGCUUUACUGAAAAAUAUGAGAUGGAAGCCCCUUGCUCUGCAGCCUCUUAUUCCUAGAAGUCCUACAAGCAGUGUUGCUACACCAUCCAGCACUAUCAGCACACCUACAAAAAGAGACAGCUCUGCUCUUCAGGAUCUCUACAUACCCCCACCUCCAACAGAACCCUAUGUUCCAAGGGAUGAAAAGGGGAAUCUCCCCUGUGAUGACAUUGGCAGACAUAUAGUGGGCAAGCCAGUUCAUACAGGAUCCGAGUCGCCAAACUCAUUUCUUGACCAGGAAUAUCGGAAACGCUUUAAUGUGGUUGAAGAAGAUGCAGUUUUAUACUGCUAUGAAUAUGAGAAAGGAAGAACAAGUGGUCCUGGAAGGAGAGAGAGCACACCAACAUACGGGAAACUAAGGCCUAUUUCUAUGCCAGUAGAAUAUAACUGGGUGGGGGAUUAUGAAGACCCCAAUAAAAUAAAAAGAGAUAGUAGGAGAGAAAAUUCAUUGCUUCGCUAUAUGAGCAAUGAGAAAAUAGGUCAAGAAGACUACAUGUUUCAAAGGAAUAGCAAAAAGGAUACUGGGAAAAAGUCCAAAAAGAAGGGAGACAAGAGCAGUAGUCCAAGUCAUUAUUCACUUUUGCCUAGUUUACAAAUGGACUCAUUGAGACAAGAAGUCAUGGGCACACCUGGACCAGAAACUGCUUUGUACCACACAUUCCAGCAGUCUUCUCUACAGCAGAAAAGUAAAAAGAAGAACAAAGCUCCUAUUCCUGGUAAAAGCAAAAGACGGAUCUCAUGUAAAGAUCUUGGUCGAGGGGACUGUGAAGGCUGGCUUUGGAAAAAGAAAGAUGCCAAGAGUUAUUUCUCCCAGAAAUGGAAAAAAUACUGGUUUGUCCUGAAGGAUACAUCUCUAUAUUGGUAUAUCAAUGAAGAGGAUGAAAAAGCAGAAGGAUUCAUCAGCCUACCUGAAUUUAAAAUUGACAGAGCCAGUGAAUGCCGGAAGAAAUAUGCAUUCAAAGCCUGCCAUCCUAAGAUCAAAAGUUUUUAUUUUGCUGCUGAACAUCUAGAUGAUAUGAACAGAUGGCUAAACAGAAUUAAUAUGCUUGCUGCUGGCUAUGCAGAAAGAGAGAGGAUCAAACAAGAGCAAGAUUACUGGAGUGAGAGUGAUAAGGAGGAAGCUGACACUCCAUCAACACCCAAGCAAGACAGCCCACCGCCCCCGUACGACACAUACCCACGGCCUCCUUCAAUGAGCUGCACGAGCCCCUACGUGGAGCCCAAGCACAGCCGGCUCUCCUACACCGAGACGGACCUCAUAGAGACCCCGCUGACCAGCUCGGGACUCCACUACCUGCAGACGCUGCCGCUGGAGGACUCCGUGUUCUCCGAGGCGGCCGUGGUCUCCCCCGAGCACCGGCGGCAGUCGACCUUGCCCACCCAGAAGUGCCACCUGCAAGACCACUACGGCCCGUUCCCCCUUGUGGAGGGUGAGCGGAUGCAAGUGCUGAAUGGGAACGGGGGAAAGCCCCGAAGUUUCACUCUGCCUCGGGACAGCGGCUUCAACCACUGCUGCCAGAGCCUCUCGGUCGGCGCCGCCGAUCACCACGAAGAAGCGCAGCAGAAGGAGGUGGAGGAGGAGGAGGAGGAGGAGGAAGGCAAAGCAGCAGAAGAAAACCAGGAAGAUAAAAUUGAAACUAUAGAGGAAAAAACAGCAGACUCCUUGCAAGAUUUGUACAGAGCCUUGGAGCAGGCCAGCCUGUCUCCGUUAGGAAAACACCGGAUUUCCAGUAAGCUGGAGUAUAAGAAAUCUUUUAUAAAGAGAUGUAGCGAUCCAGUAGUCAAUGAAAAGCUGCACCAGCUGAGAAUUCUGAAAAGCACUUUAAAGGCCAGAGAAGGAGAGGUAGCCAUUAUAGAUAAAGUUUUGGAUAAUCCAGCUUUGACAUCUAGCGACUUUCAAGAAUGGAAACAAAUGUACCUUGAUCUAUUCAUGGACAUCUGUCAAAGCAGCACCCCGAGGGACUCUGUUAAUGGCUCAUCGGAGGUUGACGCACUUAUAGCCUCCUUGGCGCACACUCACUCCUACAUUGAAACACAUGUAUAA